UAGCUAGCUAGCUAGCGUACGGCAGCGUUAGCUAGCACAUCUGCUAGUUAAAUAAAAGAAGAAAGGACCUGUGAAGUGGAAAGGCGGAUUUUAACAACAAUUUCCUUGGAGUUUGCGAGGUUAACCACGUGGAACCUAAUACUACAGGUUGUCAGGGGGGAGUCUAACUGUUGGACUUCAACAUGGCUGGACGAAGCGAGGAUGAAAGUGUAAGCAACAGUAGCGGAGAAUCCAGUAAUUCAGAUGAUGAAUCCGGUUCUGGAUCCGGCUCUGCAUCAGGGUCCGCCUCAGGCUCCAGUUCCAGCUCCUCGAGCAGCAGCAGCCAAUCAGGGAGCAGCGACUCAGGUAGUGGCUCAGACUCUGGCAGUGCGUCAGACUCUGACACAGAGAAGUCCAAGCAGAAGAUGGAACCGCCAAACAAGUCUAACAUCGACGGAGCUGAGUUCUGGAAGUCCAACCCAAGUAUCCUUGCAGUGCAAAGAUCUGCUAUGCUCAGGAAACAACAGCAGCAGCAGCAGCAGCAGCAGCAAAAGAGACAAAGCUCCUCAAAUAGUGGAUCGGAUGAGGACUCGUCAAGUAGCGAUGGAUCCGACUCAUCAAGUGGAUCCAAAAAGAGAAGAAAUUCAGGCUCCUCUGACUCUGGGUCAGGUUCUGGAUCUGGGAGUGGUUCUGGAUCAGACUCAUCAGCGGAGGACAACAGUGACGAAACGGCAUCAGACUACGAGCCUAGUCACAAAAUCAAAAGCAGAAAGCCUCCAACCAAGAUGAAUUUUCGGAAUGGGAAGAAAAGCAGCAACCAGAAGAAGAAAUCCCAGAAGUGUUCCUCUUCUGAUGAUGAGGAUGAGAACUACAAGAAGGCGGCGUCUGCGGGGCCACGGCGACAGGCCACCGUCAACGUCAGCUACAAGGAGGACGAGGAGCUGAAGACGGAUUCAGACGACCUGGUGGAGGUCCUGGGUGAAGAUGUCCCGCAGCCUGAGGAAGAUGAGUUUGAAACACUGGAGAGAGUGAUGGACUGCAGGAUAGGAAGGAAAAGAGCAACAGGAAGUAUAACCACUGUAUACGCUGUAGAAGCAGAUGGGGACCCCAAUGUUAACUUCAAUCCAAACAAAGAGGCUGGUGAUAUCCAGUAUCUGAUAAAGUGGAAGAACUGGGCCCAUAUCCACAACACAUGGGAGACAGAGGAGACACUUAAGUUACAGAACGUCAAGGGCAUGAAGAAACUGGACAAUUUCAAGAAGAAGGAAUCUGAGAAAAAAAGAUGGUUAAAGGCGGCUUCACCAGAGGAUAUAGAGUAUUUCAACUGUCAGCAAGAAAUGAUGGAUGACCUGCACUCUCAGUACCAGCUUGUUGAGCGAAUCAUAGGACAUUCAAAUCAGAAGUCAGCGGCCGGUUACCCAGACUACCUGUGCAAGUGGCAGGGUUUGCCAUACUCAGAGUGUAGCUGGGAAGAUGGUGCUCUGAUUGGCAAAAAGUUCCAGAAAUGCAUUGACGACUAUAUGUGCAGAAACCAAUCCAAGACCAUUCCAUCCAGAGACUGCAAGGUGCUCAAACAGAGACCCAGGUUUGUGCCUAUGAAGAAGCAGCCAGCGUACAUAGGAGGUGAUGGACUGGAGCUCCGAGACUACCAGUUGGACAGUUUGAACUGGAUGGCCCACUCCUGGUGCAAAGGCAACAGUUGCAUCCUCGCUGACGAGAUGGGUUUAGGGAAGACCAUCCAGACAAUUAGCUUCCUCAACUACCUGUUUCAUGAGCACCAACUGUAUGGGCCCUUCUUGCUGGUUGUGCCCCUCUCUACACUAACCUCCUGGCAGAGAGAAAUCCAGCUCUGGGCCCCUCUGAUGAAUGUUGUGGUCUACCUGGGAGACAUCAGCAGCAGGAACAUGAUCAGGACACACGAGUGGAUGCAUGUCCACAGCAAGAGACUGAAACUUAACAUCAUCCUCACAACAUAUGAGAUUCUUCUCAAAGACAAGUCAUUUUUAGGCAGUGUUAACUGGGCCUUCAUUGGUGUGGAUGAGGCGCACCGACUGAAGAAUGAUGACUCCCUCCUCUACAAGACCAUGAUGGACUUCAAGUCCAAUCACAGGCUUCUAAUCACAGGAACGCCACUGCAGAACUCCCUGAAAGAGCUCUGGUCCUUGCUGCACUUCAUUAUGCCCGAGAAGUUUCACUCUUGGGAGAUGUUUGAGGAGGCACAUGGUAAAGGCAGGGACUCCGGCUACACCAGUCUGCACAAAGAGCUGGAACCUUUUUUACUGCGCCGAGUCAAGAAGGAUGUGGAGAAAUCUCUUCCUGCCAAAGUGGAGCAGAUCCUCAGAGUGGAGAUGAGUGCUAUCCAGAAACAGUAUUACAAAUGGAUCCUGACCAGGAACUACAAGGCUCUGAGCAAAGGUACCAAAGGCAGCACGUCGGGCUUCCUGAACAUCAUGAUGGAGCUGAAGAAGUGUUGUAACCACUGUUACCUUAUCAAGCCCCCAGAGGACGAGUUCUUCAGCAGAGCUGAAGCCUUGCAGCAACUGGUCCGCUGCAGUGGGAAGCUGGUUCUUCUGGACAAACUGCUGGUGCGUUUAAAGGAGCGAGGACACAGAGUUCUCAUCUUCUCCCAGAUGGUGCGGAUGCUGGAUAUCCUGGCUGAUUACCUGAAGGGCCGACAGUUCCUUUUUCAGAGAUUAGAUGGCUCCAUCAAAGGGGAGAUGAGGAAGCAGGCGUUGGAUCAUUUUAAUGCCGAGGGCUCAGAGGAUUUCUGCUUCUUGUUAUCGACGCGUGCGGGUGGUCUGGGUAUCAAUCUGGCAUCAGCUGACACAGUAGUCAUCUUUGACUCGGACUGGAACCCCCAGAAUGAUCUCCAGGCCCAGGCCAGAGCCCACAGGAUCGGACAGAAAAGACAGGUGAAUAUCUACCGUCUGGUGACAAAAAGCUCAGUGGAGGAGGAAAUCAUUGAGAGGGCCAAAAAGAAAAUGGUGCUGGACCACCUUGUCAUUCAGAGGAUGGACACUACAGGGAAAACUGUCCUCCAUACGGGUUCUGCUCCCUCCAGUUCAGCACCAUUCAACAAGGAGGAGCUGUCUUCCAUCCUCAAGUUUGGUGCCGAGGAGCUUUUUAAAGAGCCAGAGGGUGAGGAGCAGGAGCCUCAGGAAAUGGACAUUGAUGAGAUCCUCAAAAGAGCUGAGACCAGGGAGAAUGACCCUGGACCCUCCACAGUGGGAGAAGAACUGCUGUCUCAGUUCAAGGUAGCCAACUUCUCUAUGAUGGAUGAGGAGGAAAUAGACAUUGACUCGGAGCGUAGUCUGCGGAGUUGGGACGACAUCAUUCCCGAGGAGCAGAGGAGGAGGAUGGAGGAGGAGGAGAGACAGAAGGAGCUAGAGGAAAUCUACUUACUGCCACGCAUGAGGAAUUGUGCCAAACAGAUCAGCUUUAACGCCAGUCAGGGCCGGCAGAGCAGGAACAGGAGGUACUCUGGGUCUGAGAGCGACUCCCCCUCAGACCGGAAAAGGCCAAAGAAACGAGGACGGCCUCGGACCAUUCCACGAGAAAAUAUCAAGGGCUUCAGCGAUGCUGAGAUCCGGAGGUUUGUCAAGAGUUACAAAAAAUUUGGAGGACCACUUGAAAGGUUGGACGCUAUUGCGCGUGAUGCUGAACUCGUGGAUAAGUCUGAACAUGACCUGAAACGCCUGGCAGAGACGGUUCACAACGGCUGUGUGAGAACGCUACGAGAAAACCCCUGCGGACCAGAGAAAACUUCAGGGGGAAGAAGAGGGAAGGUUAAGGGCCCUACCUUCAGGAUCUCAGGAGUUCAGGUGAACGCCAAGCUGGUUAUCUCCCAUGAGGAAGAACUGGCCCCGCUCCACAAGGCCAUUCCUGCCGACCCAGAGGAGAGAAAGAAGUAUAUGAUUCCAUGCCAUUCGAAGGCAGCACACUUUGACAUUGAGUGGGGGAAGGAGGACGACUCCAGCCUCCUCAUAGGAAUCUACGAGUACGGUUACGGCAGCUGGGAGAUGAUCAAGAUGGACCCGGACCUCAACCUCACACACAAGCUCCUACCAGACGACCCAGACAAGAAGCCCCAAGCCAAACAGCUCCAGACCCGAGCAGACUACCUCAUCAAGUUGCUAAGCAAGGACCUGGCCAAAAAAGAAGCACAGAAACAAGCAGGGACAGCCAACUCACGGAAGAGGAAACCAAGAAGUAAAAAGAGCAAAACUCUGAAGCCAGCAAAGACCGAAGAGGUGCUGAAGAGCACGUCCUCCGAUCCCCCAUCGGACAAGAGGUCAGACGAUGAAGACGAAAUUGAGGAGGAAAAGGAGGCGGCGCCGGUGAAGACAGCGAGCAGACGGGGCAGAGCGGACAGGGUGGCGCUAAAGGAGGAGGAUGAAGACGAGGAGCCUGAGCAGGAGGAAGUUUCUUCAUCAGGGGAGGGGGAGAUUAAAGAAAAAGAGAUCAAAAAAGAGAAGAAGGAGGAAAGUUGGGACAUCAAAGAGACAAAGGAGACAAAAGAGAAAAAAGAAACCAAGCCUCUGGAGGCAGUACAUAAACAGGACGAGAGCAUGGAAAAGAAUGAAGUAAAGACUGAGGUACGAACCAAGAAAGUCUCUGAUGUGCCGGUCCAUAUUACAGCAAGUGGAGAGAAUGUGCCAUUAUCUGAGGAGUCUGAGGAACUGGACCAGAGGACCUUCAGUGUGUGUAAAGAGAGGAUGCGGCCGGUGAAAGCCGCCCUGAAGCAGCUGGACAGGCCGGAGAAAGGGCUGUCGGAGCGCGAGCAGCUCGAACACACCAGACAGUGUCUCAUAAAGAUCGGAGACCACAUCACCGAGUGUCUGAAGGAGUAUUCAAACCCUGAACAGAUCAAACAGUGGAGAAAAAACCUGUGGAUAUUUGUUUCCAAAUUCACUGAGUUUGACGCCAGGAAACUACAUAAACUCUAUAAGCAUGCAAUCAAGAAAAGGCAAGAGAACGCCCAGGCAAUGGAGCAGAACACGAGAAGUAUAAACCCCCACGGCUAUAAGCAUGCAGAUAUUGAAAGGCUGAAGGACAACUCUCACCAGGACGACAGCAGCAGGGACAGCUACAGCUCGGACCGGCGAUACCACGAGAGCAGCGGCAGCAAGGAGAGACACAGCUCGGAGUCCCACAGGAAGACCACAGGAGGGGAGUCCCGGAAACGGCCGUACUCCUCCUUCAGCAACGGCAAAGAUCACCGAGACAGAGACCACUACAGACCAGACAGCAGGGACAGGGACAGAGACAGACAGGACAGAUACUACAAUGACGGUAAGCACAGGAAGCUGGAAGAGUUCCGCUCCAGCAGAGACCAUUCCCACUCGGACCACCGCUCGUCCUACCGCUACCACUCGGACUGGCAGGCGGAGCAGCGGGCCUCGGCCAGCGGGCCCCGCUCGCCCCGGGACCAGCGCUCGCCCUACGACUCGCGCUCGCCCCUGGGACACCGCUCGCCUUUCGACUACUCGUCGGACCACAAGAGCACACCGGAGCAGAUCUGGAGCAGCCGCAAGACAUAACGGCUGCUGCCCGGGCCUGCUAGUAGCAGCCAUAGACUCCAGCACCCAGCAGAUGCCUUACAGGGACGGUGGACUCCAACCGGAAGCCUCAGUCAGUUCAGCAUGGCUGGCAUCUCCUCGCUUUCAGCUUCACCUUCAUCUCGGGAACCUCGGAGAUGGACGCCAGGGAGCAGCUCAAACCAGGCAGCAGAUUCAAAAUAAAUCAAAGCAUAUUUUUCUAUCAAAGAGUUUAAAGCUGCAUCGUUGUGUUCCACAGCACGCGGCGCUGUUUUUUUGUUAUUUUUAUAAAAAAAAAAAAACUUCUGGAAAACUGACACAGUUUGACCCUGAGUGCUGCCUCAUAUUCCCCACCAACCAAUGACACUGGAUCCUGUAUAUGACUGUUGUCUGUUUGUCCGUGCGUCUCUGUCUGUCUCUCUAUCAUGCUUACUGUGAUUAUCUACCUUAUUUAAGUGUUCACUCGAUGAGAAGUCGGUUGUCACACGAAUCACGUUACAUGUCGAUGUAAAGGUGUCCGGGCUCAGGCUCACCUCCUGAAGUACCUCAUUCACAGCGUUUCUCAUUUUCCUCAGCAGGUUUUCUUUUUCUUCCAGGCGUGAAUUAUUUAAUAACAUAUCUUAGCUGUAAAAAAAUAAAAAUAACCUGGAUUGGGGUUUUUUUGGAGAGCGAGGUGUAUCAUGUUUUUUUUUUUUUUUUUUUCUUUUAAUAAUACUGUUGUAAAUUUUGUAAAAUAGUAAAUCAGUGGUCUUUUUCCUCAGGCUUUUUUGGAUUUGUUAUGACUCUACUUUCCCCCAUCAACUCAGGCUUUUUUGUCGUUCUACGAGUAAGUUUCUGUAUAAUAGUUCUUUCAUGAUAAUGCUUCAGAAUGUAACUUUUGGUAAAGGGAAAGUUCUUUAAUGAUGCUCAGUUUUAUUCACUAGUGCUUAGUUCUUUUGCCUCAGUGUGUUGAAAAUCAGAAAGUUGGAAGGAACGGACUUUUGAAAUCAGUCUGUCUUUCAAUAGAAGCACCUGUUAGAUCUUAAAUAAACUCGACUUUUUACAUAAUUUUUUUUUUCUUGACCUUUCAGUUUUCUUUUCUACGUAGGCAAUAAUGUCAAUGUUUCUAUGCAGCCAAGUAUAUUUGUGGUGAACCACCCAACUGAAUGAAGUCACUGUUACGGUUCACACUGUUGUACAUAGAUUUCCUCUAUAUUUCAAAAUGAAUUUACACUGAAAGUGCAUGAAUUUUUAUGAACUGUUUUAUAUAGUUGUUUAUGAAGCCAUUAAAAAUCAAUCACUGUACUCACUCGUACCAACUCUCUUCAA